GUCAAGACGUGUUCAAGCUUCCCAGAUGUGACAAGAGAGAGAGGGAAGGAAAGGAAAGCCCCUUCCCGCAAUAAAUAGCCGUCCACACAAAACUGUCGAUGGCUGGAUGGGUGACCGAUUUACCCUAUCGGCAUCCGCCUUGACAGGAAUAUUCGGCCGAAAGGGAUGAAACGGGGACAUAUCCGCACCAUUUUCAUGCCCUUCUAGCGAGGGGCGGAUCGAUUGGCGCUGCCCUGCCCCCGGGACUUGGGGGUGCGGGGUUGGGCAUCUCGGAAGCUGCCAUGAUGAUGCAGGCUAUUUCCAUUCCUAUGCUACCGGUAUUCCCAAACAUAUUUCCCCCAGUACUAUUAUAAGAUCAUCGGAGACUACAGGAGCAGAGUGAGCAUGGCUGGGGCACAGCCGGUGCAUCCAAAUAUAUAUGCAACUCUGGUAAAUUACGGUGCACUCCGGAUUCCACCACGCAUAAGUCGUAAGCUCGCUAAGAUUAAAUAAAAGCCCGCAAGCGAAUUCGCAACUGAAGGGCAGAGGAGUACUGUACUGUACCGGUAAAAAUGCUUCCAAAGCCGACAGCGGACGAAUGAAGGGCCCGCCCUGGGGUGUAAGCAUUCCCUCAGCUCGAGACAUCAUCAUCGCGAAUCAGAGUCUCCGGUCAUGCUCUCCAGCGUCGGGCCAAACAGCGGCCUUGAUAUCAUACCCCCAGAUUUCCCACCAUAGCCGUUCGUCGAGGAGGCCACUGUGCGCUUUCCACCCUAGAAGUCCAAGAAAUCAUGCAAAAUAGCACUUGCCGUGCGAGACAAGUCCACCCAGCUCUUGAAUAAACGAUGCUUGUACAUGUACCAGUACAAUUCUGGCUGGGUCUCCUGAGCUCGGGCAGCCAACAGAACGGUUCCCCUGGCACGCACGACUCCCCUCUCUCCGGGAUCAGGGAAUCCGGUGAAGGCCUCUCACCAUCCUUCAUCCUGUUCGAUAAAUCCGUGCCAGGCCUAAACCUCCGUGAAACCAAGAAUACGGGUGGUAAAUCUAUUGACGCCAUCGAGGUCUGCUUCGACAGCUACAAACAGCACGGUACGGUACCUUACCGGUACUUGCAUCCCAACUGACAACCCAAUCGGUGCCGAAGAUCAGGGAUUUAAAAUUGUGCCCUAGCUUACUCCAUUCCCCCACCACUCUGUCCACUCCUGGGAAGGCAAAAUUGAGCUGAGCUCUCACACCUGCCGGCACUAUUAGUAGAUCCUUCACCGCAUGAAUACAGAGCGCUUUCUCCUAGCCGACGAGCCCCUGGGCCCAGGCUACCGCUACCUC